UUCUCAUGGCGGUUCACAACGUUCACCUGCAAGACGGUAGCUGUGAGCUUCUAAGACUGAACGUUCCGGACUGAAAUAAACUAAUCUGCCGGUCAACCCCGAGAACAUUCUCGGAAUAGCGUGGGAGCGCAGCUAUACAUAAGACGGGUGGCUAGGUUCGCAUUCGCGGUCUCGCUGCACCUCGUCUCUCCUAACGACACCAAGCUAUCCUCUUUCCCUCUCACUCCUUGUCAGGCUCUCAGGAUGUUUGCCCUUGUCAGCACGCUCGCGGUCCUCGUCCCAUUCGUCUCAGCCUUCACGUUCUCUACUCCCACUGACUGGCAUAGCAGUUCUCAAGUUGUCGCCAACUGGACAACACUGUCUACCGACCCGACUUCUUUCUCCCUUGAGUUGAACAACCCUGACUUGUUCCAUCAAGCUCUUGCUCUUGGGAACAAUGUCGACACGAGCUCGGGGACCUUAUCUUUCGCCUUGGGUGUCGUCCCUGCAAGCUCCGGAUAUACUCUCCAGGCAGUGAACGUGACGAAUAUCAACCAGAUUUUUGCUGAAUCCGCUCCUUUCUCUAUCUUGGACCCUAUUUCUACUUCGUCAUCUGCCUCUUCAACAUCCUCGGGCCUAUCAAGCGCUUCUUCCGGCACUGGCUCUACUCGCACCGUCCCUGCCGCGACCACCUCUUCCACUCCUUUCGGUGUCACUGUCUCCAACAGUGCGUCUUCCGGCGCUCAGACUACUGGAAGUUCUGUAUCAGGUUCAGGCACCUCUGCUGGUACCUCGCCCUCUCCGACCUCUUUCAAUGGCAACGGUGCACUCCCACAGUUGAACUUCAACAUGGCCACUUGGGCCGUUGUUGGUCUCACUACCGUCUUCGGAUGCAUGACCGUCCUCUAAGGGGUGGGAAUGUGACAUCAGGUAGCGAUUGGACGGAGUUGAAAACGUCUUUUCUUGCAAAACGCAUGCUGUCACGGACAUGUCGGAUGUUGUCUUUGUUUCUUUUGCACAAAUGAUUGUCUUCUCUUAAGCACUUUUUAGUCUCACCCUUUUCUCAUGGACAUUCACGGACUUGCACAUGAACUUGUUUUCUUACGAUCUUUACCUACAUCUUCUCGCAGAAUAGUCUGUCUCUGCUAGUAUUUUGUCCGGACCGUUCGAUAGUCGCAUAUACCUCGCAGACUGCGUUCUUCGUUUGACCGGAAUGUACCACUGUUCCAAUACUUCAUUGGCGUGCAACGGGCCAAAUCAUAGGAUAUGAAAUGUUCCUACUAAUACAUCUAAUGGUGCAG